GCAGAGCCCCGCGGGAGGAGGAGGGCCCGUCCGAGCAGGUGUUGCCCACGUUCCCUGCCGCAGGUGAGCCACGGAGAGGCGCCCGGGGAGCCCUUCUCCUGCCCGUUCUGCCAGAAGGGCUUCUCCUACCAGCGCAUGCUGAACCGCCACCUCAAGUGCCACAGCCAGGUCAAGCGCCACCUCUGCCCCUACUGCAACAAGGGCUUCAACGACACCUUCGACCUCAAGCGCCACGUCCGGACGCACACGGGCGUGCGGCCCUACAAGUGCGACCUCUGCGACAAGGCCUUCACCCAGCGCUGCUCCCUGGAGUCCCACCUGAAGAAGAUCCACGGGGUGCAGCAGAGCUACGCCUACAAGGAGCGCCGGGCCAAGCUGUACGUCUGCGAGGACUGCGGCUCCACGGCCGACAGCCAGGAGGGCCACCUGCGGCACCUGCAGGAGCGCCACCCCGACAGCCCCCUCCUGCGCAAGGCCUCGCGCAAGGCCGGCCCCCCGCUGCCCCCCCGCGCCCCAGCCGGGCCCCCUCGCGCCGCUGCACGGGCCGGCCCCCCUCUGAGCCAGCGAGAGAGCGAGCGAGCGAGCGAGCGCUCUGCCUUUGGGGGUGCCCACCAUGCCUCGGGGGGAGUGGGGCCUCCCCCCACCCAAGGCCUGACCGCCUGA